AUGUCAGAGUUAUUAUCAACAGACUAUACAAAGCAGUCUCACCAGUUAACAAAAUUAGAAACAGAUCUUUUGAUCCAAUAUCAAAAUUUAGCUAGAAGAUUACAUCAAUUAUCAGAAAUUAUAAACAAAUUAGUCAAUGUUCCAUCUGCCAAAUUAUUAGAAAAUUUAGAAGAUAUUGAAAAUAAGAUGGCUUUAGUAUUUACACUAUUCAAAGGAGCUGUUUAUAGUUUGUUUUUACAACAAGAAGGUGCUCAGAAUGAAGAUCCAAGUAAUCAAGAAUCUUAUUCAACAAUGUGA